AUGCGUGAAUUGCAGUGGACGCGUCGCGGUAAACGAGAUUGGCUAAUCGUAAAAACAAGGCGGUUUUUUGGAGGAAAAUGCGGACCCACCAAAUACUGGCAUUGUUCUGGCGAUGUUUUUGUAGGUGUCAUCGCUGAGAGUUACAUUUCCUGGAAAUUCACUGUCUUUUUUCUGACAACAAAUCAAAUCCUCUGGAGGCGUUCGUGGCGCAUCAACCUACUACAAUGA